GAGAGAAUAUAUGUGGUUAUGACCCAGACCGCCCACAUCAUGGACACAGCAAGCUCCCAAUACAUCACAGCAAGCUCCCAAUACAUCACAGCAAGCUUCUCAUUUAGACUACAUCAAUGUUCUAAGUGUCCGGGGGACACAGCGUACCAUUGUGUAUCGUGUCCAUGUGAUCUGUGUCCCCAGUGUAAAGAGAACCAUGUAAAAGAUCUCCAAACAAUAGACCAUGAUGUUGUGUCACACCGUGAUAAAAUCAACUACAUCCCAACACAAGAGAUCUGUGUGAGACAUCCUAGCCAUUUUUAUACAAAGUACUGUGAACUUUGUCAAGUUCCUGUGUGUGAUUCUUGUUCCGAGGACCAAUUGCACCGAUUUAGAAGUGUUCUCUAUGGCCAAGGACAGCACGAAAUACUGGAUAUACAAACAGCCUAUAAAACAAAGCGACAACAACACAGAGGAACCAUUCACACCAUCAGAAGUGAGGCUCUCUUUUACAGACCUGUUCUCCUGACAGGAAUCAAAGCUGAUGUCAAAACCUGUCACACAGAAUUCUCCCUCCUUCAAUCAGAGAUGUUAACAAAGGCCCAGAGACUGAAGGAUCUCAUUGACAAAGUGGUAAAUGAUCUAUUGAACAAUGUGUUAUGUUACUUUGAUUUCAAACACAGAUGUAAAAAACAAAAGAUAAAAAUGAUCAGACAUAUUGUCAGACUAAGGAGAUAUGAACACAGAUAUGUACAGCCAGCAUUCACAUUCAGUGCGCUACAAUUCCUCUCCUUCACAAAGACAGCCCUCCCCCAGAUACAUCUUACACUCCACACCAGCCAGCUCUCCAUGACUGAGUCACUCAACAAGGAGGAUGUGAUGGAGUCACUGAGUGCAAUCCAAAUCACAGAGAGAGGAAACCGACGCGUAGGAAACCAGUGUCUGCUGAAACUGACGUCUGGUGCUGAGCUCCAUCAAUCUCUCACACUGACAGGUGUUGGUCGUUGUUUACACAUUUCCCAUGUGACAUCAGACCGGGUCUGGGUCAGUGAUGAUAAAUACAAUCUCAUGUUGACAGACACAACAGGUGUCCCUCUACAUCGUGUGGAGGAUUCAUGUAGUGGUUAUGGAUUACACACAGUGAACAGUGAGAGUGAACUGAUUUAUAUAGAUAGGAAAUAUAACAUCAACAAACUGUCAAAGGAUAUGAAAACAAUCACCACAUUUAUAGAGAGAACAGACUCUACAUGGGAACCAUGGUGUGUGUACUGGUCCCCGUCCACUGGGGAUCUACUGGUCGGGAUGUAUAGGACAGGGACAGGCAAGGUAACCCGGUACAACCAGAGUGGACAACUCACACAAACCAUACAGAACCACAACACAGGACGGGGACUGUAUAGUAGACCUCUCUAUAUAACAGAGAACAACAAUGGGGAUGUCGUGGUGUCUGACUAUUGGUCUGAUGCUGUAGUGGUGACAGAGCGUGGAGGAAGACAUCGUUUCUCCUACACAGGACCUCCAUCAGGAUCAGGACUAUGGCCAUGUGGAAUCUGUACUGACGCGCUGUCACACAUCCUGGUGUGUGAUGAUAUAACCGACACAGUACAGAUGAUAAAUAAGGACGGUCAGUUCCUGUCACAUCUACUGACAGAAUCACAAGAGAUGGGUUAUCCACGGAGCCUGAGUUAUGAUGUCAACACUCACCGUCUCUGGGUCGGAUCACUGGACAACAACAAGGUGUGUGUCUACAGGUAUAUCACCAGACAGGACGCUCCGACAGACAAACACAGACCCCGUCCUGAUGGAGACACUCAAUACACGACACAUCCUCACAACACAACUCAUCAACUUAACGAAGAUGAACACAGACCCCGUCCUGAUGGGGACACCAUGUCCAGCUCAACACCAGCCGUAUAAUGGAGAUAGCUUGGAUAUUGACAGACAAGCUGCUUUUCAAACGCCUUCAGGGGGAGACAGAGGAAAACCUUCCCGGAUUAUCCAUAAUUCCAAUGGAGUUACAGAAGCCAAAUAAUUACCGGUCAUCAACGGACUUUGUGUUCUGUGCGUGAACUCUACAUAAACGUUUCAUGAAUGGACUCUGUAUCUGUGUAGGUGAACAAAAAUAACGCGUCAUCAAUGGACACUGUUGCUGUGUAUGUGAAAUCUGCACAAAAAUAACGCUUCAUCAAUAGACUUUGUAUCUGUAUAGGUGAAAUCUGCAUAUAUAACGCGUCCUCAAUAGACUCUGUUUCUAUGUGUGUGAAAUCUGCAUAUAUAACGCAUCCUCAAUAGACUCUGUUUCUGUGUGUGUGAAC